AUGCAGAUCUCAAGCUUUCAAGUAUCACAAUUUCUCCCAGCGAGUCGGAGGGGACGCUUGAUCUUCGGUCUCAUCGUUACCCUAUUCUCCCUUCUCUUCCUGAUGCCCGGCCCACCACCACAUCAACACAUCCACAAUUUCUACCAUGAUCACUUCGGUCCACCUCCAGCACCCUACGCGAUCGUCACCAACGUCCAAAACGAAGCGUACGUCCCCUAUGCCCUAACCCUCGGCUACACGAUCCAAAAAUACAACGACCUCCGGGACAUGGAGGCCGAUAUGGUUAUCAUGAUCCCCCGAGUCCACGACAUCCGUCCUUCCUCCCUCUCCAAACUUCAGCGUAUCGGUUGGAAGAUUAGGUUCGUGGACGAUAUCCAAAUUGGCGGAAGUGAGAAUUUGCAGAGCAAUUAUCGGAGGAAUUUCUUGAAGUUUUGGUGUUGGACGUGGGUGGAGUACAGAAUGAUUGCGUUUAUUGACGCGGACUGUUUGGUGAGGGGAGAUAUCUCGAGGUUGUUGAACGAGUCCUUCGGUUUCGGCGCAGUACCCGAUUGUUGGCCGGACGAUUUCCCCUCGAAAACAUUCAACGCCGGCGUCCUUUCCCUAACACCCUCAGUGGAGACCUUCGACGCCCUCCUUAAAUUCACAGGGGAGAACAAGUUACCUUGGGACGCCGAACAAGGUGUCCUCAACCGCUUCUUCAGCCUUCCUGACGACGUCUUCCCGGAACGUUCGAGACGCGUGAUUCCGUUGACGUAUAAUUUGAAUUUAUUGGCGUUUUCGAAUUACCGGGAGGAGUGGGAUGGGAUGUGGGAUGAUGCACGGAUUGUGCAUUUUACGGUUGCGAAACCGAGGACGACGCCGUGUGUAGAGAAUUGUUAUUGGGAGGAGCCGAAGCAGGAAUGGAUUAAUGAGUGGGAUGAGAUGAGGAGGAGGUAUGGGUGGACUUCGAAAUUACCGAAUAUGGCGUGA